AAAUAGAGUUUUUUCUGGGGUUUGUAUCGACGUCUUAUAAAUUCUUGUAGAAUCGCCCAUUGCGAGUGUUGGUUUUUGCUAAUAAAAAGUAGGAAUGGAUUCGGAAAUGAUGUUGUCGACUCAGGGCGGUGAUUUUUCCGUUUUCGGCAAAAAGAGAAGGCGCUGUAUAGGAGGCGCGCGCGCAAACGUCGACUUCUACGCGAAAAGUCUACCGCCAAUUUGUAUUCCCCAAACGGUGGAAGAGUUGCAGCCGAUUUACCUCCAGAAAAUCAUCUACAAGCCUUCCCACAGCAGAUCAGAGAUCGUGCGACGACAGGAUCGGUCCAGGCAUUGUAAACAAAAGAACGAUGCUUUUUGUGCCAAGUUCCGCUCGCAAUUACUACUAGGCAAUAUUAAGUCUGCACAGAAGGUAAUAGGUAGGAAGUUGAGUCGAGUCAUUGAAUCCAUAAAUAGUGGGAUGAAUUCGACACAUCUUCCCCUCACCCCAGCAGCCUCCAUACACACCCAGAUCAAACUACAGAAUGACAAGGAUGAUGAUAUUCCCAUUAUGCCACUGCUUCCAAAAUCAAAGUGGAUCUACGAGACACCUGAUAAACAAAGAAUCAGGAAGAUGGAUGAACUUAAUUUCACACAUAGCACUGGUGGCUUAGAACCAGCUGUGAUCCAAGACAGCAAAAGGGUGAAGACUAUUUAUACCCUUAAGGAAAACAUUCCACAAAAUAUUGCAAUUAACAUAGAACCGGGACAGAUGGUGCCAAUCAAUUUGCCUUUCCUUCAACCAGUGGUGAUUGUUCCAAAAAAUAAUAUUCUAAACAAGUCUCUCAAAGAGAUAAGUAACAAUCAAUUCCUCAGCAGCACUGAAGAAACAAUAGACUUAAAUAACUCUUCUUCAGAGAACAAGCGCAAACGACGCAGAGAAGAGGAUUUGACUUGGUAUGAACAGCGUAUGAAGACUUUGGCCACUUGCAGGCCUGUGAAAGUUAUGGAUAGAAUGGACAGGAGGCAGUUUCUGCAAAGGAAGAGUUUAAGUUUUCAAGAGGACUCUGUUAAUACUAGUUCUACACUCAAGCCCAGAUUUAGAUCUUUGGAGGCAUUAAAUGAAUGCUCCUUGAUUGAUGAUGAUGAGCAGAUGUAUGAUUCCACCCCAACUCCAACUGUUGAAGAUUCACCUGGCAUGAACAUGCUCUACAAUAAAUUUAACAAACUAGUGGCUGCUCCAAUAUACAUGCCUAUAAAAGAUUUUGAUUGAUUUCAAAUUGAUCAAAAGGGAUGUAAAAAUAAUAUAUAUAUAUAUACAUUUAUAAUUGCUAG